UGCCUCUGACGGAGCUGGGACAGAUUUAGGAGGUUUCCCAAAACAGUCAACUGAGCAAACAUGACGACCAACUUCAUUGAUUUUGCCAUUGCAGAAGAGAUACAAGCAAUUGAGUUUCCCUUCGUGCUCCACCACCUUCAACAAUUACAGCAACCUCAGAAACCUCAGCCCCUCUUGCACGGCUGGCGCUCUUCCAUUGUUUAUAGGGCGGGUCUGCUUCUGCGCAGCUCCUUUUGGAAUGUGCAGCGCAUGCGCAGACUCGCAGGGUGUAGAAUCCUGCGCUACUGGAACUCAAAGAUAAACAACAACAAACGCUAGAAGCAGAGAAAGAAAAAUACUAAAUGCAGCAGAUGAUGUUAAAACACUACUAAACAGAAUCCCGUGUGCUGCCAUGGACAGUGUGAAGAUGGAAUCUGUCCAGAUUAAAGAGGAGUUCCCUGAACUUGAACCUGUCCCCAGAGUGGAGUUCUCUGAGCUGGCUUCCCUCCCCAUUAAACAGGAGCUUUGUGAGAUGCAAUGUGACAGCAGUCAGCCAGAGGUCUCUGAGAUUAAAGCUGAGCACAAUGAAUUGGAGAUCCCCCAGACAGAAGAACCCCUUCCUGUGAAACAAGAAGAGGUGCUGGAAACUGUCCGUAUUAAACAGGAGCCCCCUGAAGUAGAGUUUGAGCACAUGGAACCAGUGAAGGAAGAAUCUGAGGACUUCAAACCAAACAUCCCUGACGUGGAGCCUGUACACCUGCGGGAGUGUAGCGUGGUGCUGGAGAGAAUCUGUGUGAGAGAGCAAGGCGCUGGAGAGGAAGGCUCUCCCAACAGCAUGCAAGGAGGUGGAAAGGAAGACGGGCGCUCCCAUUCAGAAUGCAGUCUAGCAGGUUCCAGUCCAGCAGCUAAAGCGAGGGCGGGCGGUGGAGAACAUCCUGACUGUGGGAAAGAUUUCACCCAGUUAGAGCAUUUUAAAACACACCAGCAAACUGAUGCAGAAAAGAAACCAUAUCGCUGCACUUGGUGUGAGAAGAGUUUCAGUCGGUCAGACAGCCUUGUUUUACACCAGAGAAUUCACACAGGAGAGAAACCGUAUCGCUGCUCUGACUGUGGGAAGAGUUUCAGACAGUCAAGCAACCUUGUUUCACACCAGAGAACUCACAGAGGAGAGAAACCGUAUCGCUGCUCUGACUGUGGGAAGAGUUUCAGUCAGUCAAACAACCUUGUUUCACACCAGAGAAUUCACACAGGAGAGAAACCGUAUCGCUGCUGUGACUGUGGGAAGAGUUUCAGUCAGUCAAACAACCUUGUUGUCCACCGGCGAACUCACACAAGAGAGAAACUGUAUCGCUGCUCUGACUGUGGGAAGAGUUUCAGUCAGUCAGACAGCCUUGUUUCACACCAGAGAACUCACAGAGGAGAGAAACCGUAUCGCUGCUCUGACUGUGGGAAGAGUUUCAGUCAGUCAAACAACCUUGUUUUACACCAGAGAAUUCACACAGGAGAGAAACCGUAUCGCUGCUCUGACUGUGGGAAGAGUUUCAGUCAGUCAAACAAACUUGUUGUCCACCGGCGAACUCACACAGGAGAGAAACCGUAUUUCUGCUCUGACUGUGGGAAGAGUUUUAGUCGGUCAGACAGCCUUGUUUCACACCAGCAAAUUCACAGAGGAAAGAAACCGUAUCGCUGCUCUGACUGUGGGAAGAGUUUUAGUCGGUCAGACAGCCUUGUUUCACACCAGAGAAUUCACACAGGAGAGAAACCGUAUUCCUGCUCUGACUGUGGAAAGAGUUUCAGUCAGUCAAACAACCUUGUUUUACACCAGCGAAUUCACACAGGAGAGAAACCGUAUCGCUGCUCUGACUGUGGGAAGAGUUUCAGUCAGUCAAACAACCUUGUUGUCCACCGGCGAACUCACACAGGAGAGAAACCGUAUUUCUGCUCUGACUGUGGGAAGAGUUUUAGUCGGUCAGACAGCCUUGUUUCACACCAGCAAAUUCACAGAGGAAAGAAACCGUAUCGCUGCUCUGACUGUGGGAAGAGUUUUAGUCGGUCAGACAGCCUUGUUUCACACCAGCGAAUUCACAGAGGAGAGAAACUGUAUUGCUGCUCUGAUUGUGGGAAGAGUUUCAGUCAGUCAAACAAACUUGUUGUCCACCGGCGAACUCACACAGGAGAGAAACCGUAUCGCUGCUCCGACUGUGGGAAGAGUUUCAGUCGGUCAGACAGCCUUGUUUCACACCAGCGAAUUCACACAGGAGAGAAACCGUAUCGCUGCUCUGACUGUGGGAAGAGUUUCAGGUGGUCAAGCAAACUUGUUUCACACCAGCGAAUUCACAGAGCAGAGAAACUUUAGGCCAGUUCCAGACAAUGCUCCAGAGGCGUGCCGAACUCAAUUGAAAUUAAGCACUCGAUAGAGCUGCACUUCAUUAAAUUCAAUGAACCAAUUGGCUUCAUACUCGCUCCUGUCAAACAUUUGUCUUAUUGUUAAAAAAUAAUAAUAAAUAUUAUAUGAAUAUUUAUAUAUGAAAUAUAUUAUAUAAAUAUUAUAUUAAUUAAU